GACUGGACUCGUCUUCACAUGGAAGAUGCUCUCUUCCGGAGUUUGUUCGGACGAUACAGCAAGUGGACGCGUCCGGCACGCAACAUCUCAGACGUGGUCAUCGUGAAGUUUGGCCUCUCCAUCGCACAGCUGAUAGACGUGGAUGAGAAAAAUCAGAUGAUGACGACCAACGUGUGGCUGAAACAGGAAUGGACUGACUACAAGUUGCAGUGGAGUCCUUCCGACUUCGACAACGUGACGUCCAUCAGAGUCCCGUCUGAGCUCAUCUGGGUGCCAGAUAUUGUGCUGUACAACAAUGCAGAUGGAGAGUUUGCAGUCACCCACAUGACUAAGGCCCAUCUCUUUCACACCGGUCUUGUCCGCUGGGUUCCCCCAGCCAUCUACAAGUCCUCCUGCUCCAUCGAUGUCACCUUCUUCCCCUUCGACCAGCAGAGCUGCAAGAUGAAGUUCGGCUCCUGGACGUACGACCGCGCAAAGAUCGACCUGGAGCCCUUUGAGAACACCGUGGAUCUGAAGGAUUACUGGGAGAGCGGAGAGUGGGCGAUUGUCAACGCCGUGGGCACCUACAACACCAAGAAAUACGACUGCUGCCACGAGAUCUACCCCGACAUCACCUACUAUUUCAUCAUCCGCCGCCUCCCGUUGUUCUACACCAUCAACCUCAUCAUCCCCUGCCUGCUCAUCUCCUGCCUCACCGUGCUCGUUUUCUACCUGCCGUCCGACUGCGGCGAGAAGAUCACGCUGUGCAUCUCCGUGCUGCUGUCGCUCACCGUCUUCCUGCUGCUCAUCACCGAGAUCAUCCCCUCCACCUCGCUGGUCAUACCGCUCAUCGGCGAGUACCUGCUCUUCAUCAUGAUCUUCGUCACGCUGUCCAUCGUCAUCACUGUGUUCGUGCUCAACGUGCACCACCGCUCCUCAGCGACGCACACCAUGCCGCGCUGGGUCAAGAGGCUCUUCCUGUCGGCGUUGCCUCGCUGGUUGUGCAUGAAGCGCCCGGCACACGGUGUCAGGCCUGCAAGGUACCUCCUCCUCCCGCAGAGACACCCCUCCCUCAGGGUGGACUGGGAAACCACUCCUGUGGGUAAUGGGUCAAUCCACACCCCUACUGCCUCUCUCCUGACUCCAGCGGUGGUGUCUGCCCUGGAGGGGGUGACCUACAUCGCGGAGCAUCUCAGAGCCGAGGACGCAGACUUCUCUGGGAAGGAGGAAUGGAAGUACGUUGCCAUGGUGGUAGACCGGAUCUUCCUCUGGAUGUUCAUCAUGAUGUGUCUGCUGGGGACCGUCGGGCUCUUCCUGCCGCCGUGGCUCUCUGGGAUGUUUGAAUUAAAACACAAAAAGUAUUAAUUAUUCUUCCAAGGUGGAAAGAGUGGCAUGUCUGUAUGAAAAGAACAAAUGUUUCCUACAAAAGAGAGCGUUUUCUUUGUCCUAUGUUUUGAAAUGUUAUAGUUCUGCUUGAUAAAUGUGUUGAUUAUCUAUCAAAUGAACUUAAAGCUGCUAUCUGUGUUGCUAUCUGUGUCCUUUCUAAAGAUAUAUUUUAUUCAGUGAAGAAAACAUUUGAAAACUGAUGUGUAGAAAACU